CCGGCUGGUAAUCUUAAGUAGUAGCCACACGAUCAACCGACCAUACUUUCCACUACCUCUAUAUAAGGCUACCGUCAGCAUCGCACUAUCGUUGCUCUAUACACCCUGACUUGAACCGUUCUCUGCACCAUCAAAUACCCGCAUCUUCGUUCGGCACUAUGACUCUCGCCGAGGAGCUCCGCUCGAGAAACUUCAGCAUCUAUGGACAAUGGACGGGCGUGAUCUGCAUCGUCUUGUGCUUGGCUCUCGGUAUCGCCAACAUCUUCUCGUUCGACGUCGUGAUUAUCAUCUUUAGUGUUCUGUGCCUCAUCUCUGGUUUGAUCCUCAUCUUCGCCGAAGUGCCCUUCCUCCUCAGAAUAUGCCCCACAUCACCAAAAUUCGAUGCAUUUAUCCGACGCUUCACCACAAACUGGAUGCGCGCUGCAAUGUAUACUGUGAUGAGUGUUGUGCAAUGGCUCAGUCUUAUCAAGUCCGCUACCAGUUUGAUUGCGGCUGCCGUUUUCCUACUCAUCGCCGGUUUGUUCUAUGCGCUGGCGGGUCUCAAGAGCCAGGAAUUCGUCGGCAGCAAGACUUUGGGCGGCCAAGGUCUUGCGCAGAUGAUCGUCUAAGACUGGUCUGAAACGUGAUCUAUGAAGCUAAGGUGACUGACAUGGAAUGGAAAAAGAGACGGCUAAAGAACCAUCUCUGGGCUGAAUGCGCCACGAUUAUGAAUCGAUUGUGCUGUUCUUGACGCUGCCGAGCAGGGUCUUGUACUCGUAUAGCAUACUGUUUUGAGAAAUUGGGAUUCCUACGGCUCGGGCUACUGAAGUUUCUGCUCAUGUGCCUUUAUUGAUUUUCUUCUUUGUGUCGUAUUUGCAGUCCUGUUUUUGCUCUUGAGACUUGCUCAAAAACUGUUACAAUGAGUUUUAGAUGAAUCAUGUAAUAUUUACCAUCUCGCCCCAGCGAAUACCCGAUUAGCAUCCUAGCGAUGAAUGAAUGGAUUUGUUUGCAUAG